ACCCUGCUCCAGAGUAUGCAGCAGUCGUUGAAGAAGAGCGAAGGAGUCAUGCUGUACUCCAAUCAGAAGGGCUGCGACGGAGACCGCUUCUACUACAGCGGCAAGGCUGCCGUGAUCGUCAAUGGCACGGUUGCAGUUCAAGCAUCGCAGUCCAGCCUGAAUGAUGUGGAAUUAGCGACAGCUACGAUCAACCUCACCCAAGUCCGAUGCUACCGGGACGAUGUCGGACGACCGAACGGGAAAAUAUCCAAGGGCCCAACUUACAAGCGGAUCAAGGUGGACUUGGAGAGAUUCAAGUCCAACAGUGGCAUCAACGGUAACGUUUGCUCCUUCACACACCCGCUCCUACGAACACACAGCCCUGAAAGGGAACUUGUCUUAGACCCAGCAUGUUGGCUAUGGGAUAUGCUUCGAAGCAGCAGGGCGGCAGGUUUCCUUUGUCCACUCGGUGAUGGUAUCGACUCUUGUUCGACUGCCACUCUAGUAUACGGUAUGUGUCGAGUCGUUAUGACUGUAAUCGGAGAGGGCAACAAGCAGGUCAUAGCGGACGUACAACGCAUCGUCAGGUAUCUAGAGGCUGGAGAAGGGUGGCUACCCAGUACACCCGAAGAGCUUUGCAACUACAUCCUCCACACCAUGUACAUGGGUGUCACUGCUCAUUCGUCAGUUGAGACUCGCUCCCGUGCGCAAAGGCUCGCUGACAGCAUUGGCGCCUACCACUUCGACAUGGACAUUGAUGAGUUGUUUACAGCCCAGAGGAACCUACUUGGGCGAUUUGCCAACUACGAGCCGAAGUUCAGCAUCUAUUGUAACAAAGCCGAGAAUUUUGCUCUCCACAACAUCCAAGCACAUGGACGCAUGGUGACAACAUACUGCUUCGCUCAGAGGUUGCCCAGGAUUCGACAGAGGCAAGGAAGUGGUGGACUCCUUGUUCUGGGCUCUGUCAACUUGGAGGAGUGCUUGCGGGGCAAUGUGACGAAACAUGACUGCAGUUCAGCAGACCUUAACGUCACAGGCGGUACGUCCAACUUGGACAUCAGGCGUUUCAGUCGUUGGGCCCAAACUGCCUUCUCCCUCCCUAUCUUUGACGAGUUCCCUGAUGCACCGCCGACUAGUGAGCUCGAGCCGAGAAGAUCAUACCGCGUAGAGUCGGACGAGAAGGAUAUGGGCAUGACAUACGAGGAGAUAUUCGUUAUGGCGAAACUACGAAAGGAGGAGCGCAUGGGUCCCGUCACUAUGUUCGAGCGGCUGCUAGUCGACUGGCAUGACAGAAAGAGUCCACAAGAGACCGCAGUCUUGGUCAAGAGGUUCCACCACUUCUACGCCAUCAACCGAUACAAGAUGACAAUCAUGACGUCUUCAUACCACGCUGCAGACUACAGCGCGGAGGACCCCAGACCAUUCCUGUACCCCGAGUUCCAGGACAGCUGGGCCUGCAAGCGCAUCGACUCGAUACUUACCUUUCAGCGAGUGAAAGGGCGAGAAGCGUAA